CUGUGGCCCGCCCCCCCGUGUUUGGCUGCGGAUUGUGCGUUGCUAGGGCAGGGAUUGUGCUGCGACCUGUCGCUUGGAACUGUGCGUCUGGCAGGGGGAGUUACAGAGCCUUUGCCGUGGCUGCUGUCUGUGCUAAGCAAGCUGCUGCUGCGUCACUCCCCAGCCCCCACAGCAUCCUGAGCCUGGCGCUGCGUUCCUGAGCGGCCGUUUAUCGGCCCAGCCUCCUGCCGUCCGGGGAACCCCUGCUCAACCCAGCCUCUCCCCACUAACGUCGUCCUGUUUCAAGGGAGCUGCAGUUACACUGGGGCCUGCAUUCGGCUCCAGGGCCACCCGCAGCCUUGCAGAGGACGGACGCUCAUAUCUGAGGACAGGCCCCGGGAAGUUGGUUCCCUCUUCCCAGCUGCGACCUGGGCUCCUGCAGCAGCUACGGAUAGCCCUUUGCUCGUGGAGUGCCAUCCAGCCCAGGGCUCGGAAGCACGUGGCAGGACGGGAGGACGGUAGAAGCUAGAGGCGGCCAUCGAAACCAGCCCCAGUGCAAGCCCGUGCUGGGGCAUGGCCGUCAAUGUGUAUUCCACAUCCGUGACCAGCGAGAACCUGAGUCGCCAUGACAUGCUAGCCUGGGUCAACGACUCCCUGCACCUCAACUACACCAAGAUCGAACAGCUCUGCUCAGGUGCUGCCUACUGCCAGUUCAUGGACAUGCUGUUCCCGGGCUGCGUGCACCUGCGGAAGGUGAAGUUCCAGGCCAAGCUGGAGCACGAAUUCAUCCACAACUUCAAGGUGCUGCAGGCCGCCUUCAAGAAGAUGGGGGUGGACAAGAUCAUCGCUGUGGAGAAGCUGGUGAAAGGGAAGUUCCAGGAUAACUUUGAGUUUAUUCAGUGGUUUAAGAAAUUCUUUGAUGCCAACUACGACGGGAAGGAUUACAACCCGCUGCUGGCGCGGCAAGGGCAGGAGGUGGCACCGUCUCCAAACCCAGGUGAUCAGAACUUCAACAAACCCAAGAAACCCAUUGGCACUGCAGCCCCCCAGAGAACCUCCCCCACAACCCCGAAGACGAUGCCAGUGCCAACCCGAGUGACCAACGUCAUCCCCAGCAACAUCACCCGGAAAAACCCGCCUGCUGCCCGCAACGGGGGCAGUGAGGCCGACACCCAAAUCCUGGAGCUCAACCAGCAGCUCAUGGACCUGAAGCUGACGGUGGACGGGCUGGAGAAGGAGCGCGAUUUCUACUUCAGCAAACUGCGGGACAUCGAGCUGAUCUGCCAGGAGCAUGAGAGCGAGAACAGCCCCGUCAUCUCUGGCAUCAUCGGCAUCCUGUAUGCCACCGAGGAAGGCUUUGCGCCUCCGGAGGAUGAGGAGGUGGAGGACCAGCAGCCGGAGGACCAGGACGAAUACUAGCUCUGAGCCCUCCUGCAUCCCGUGACGCCGCCCGGCCGUGCUCGGCCUGACAUAGACACUGGAGGGUUUGCGGGUACAGCCGCGGCCUGCACUAUCACACAUUAUAACAGUUUCAACCAACCAGCCCACCACCCCAGUGCUUUCUGUCCAGCCGCAGAUCCUGGGACCCCACGGACUCCAACAAAGGCCUAGAGAGGAGAACCGACUUGUAAAUACGCAUGGGGCUGCCGGGGGGGGGAAGGGCCCUGGCCCCCUGCCCCGGCCCUUCGGGCCCCUCACCACCUCAUCCCCCUUAUUUAUUUCAGUUGUCACCUUUGGUGUGAGUGCUGCAGCCUUCCCCGGGAGGCUCCCGCCCCCGCGCCGCCCCGCCUGGCCCCUGUAUUAUAGCUACAGCCCGAUCCCUUUGUAUAUUGCCCCGGGAUGGAGUUGACUUGCACUUUGCCUGUUGUGGUCACGGGCAUCCGGUUGUCAUGGCCUGGGAAGCGUGCGGGCUCCAGGAGCGUCCUGCACCGCAUGAGGCUUGGCCUUGCCCCGGCCUCGCAGGCACUGGGAUGUCGCGUUUAUUUAUUGGUCUCACUUCACGUUGUCAAAAACGACGACUACGCUGCAAAUGUGGCUUUCCCGGCGCACCGCCCCCGCCUGCCAUGCCCGGGGCAGGGGGUGCGGAGUCCGCACUCUGCUGAGCUCCUUAGCCUGGGGGCUGGCAGGAUCCCAGAGCAGGGAUGUGCUGGGGGGAGCGGGAGCCCCCAGGCUCCACACUGAGAUCUGGGAAUGUUCUUUUUCCCCUUCUGGUCACCCACCAGGAGCCCCUCCCUGACUGCAGCGCAGGGCACUUGGCCUGCUGCUGGGGGUGCGGGCCCCGGGCCUGGAGGUUCAGUGCCCGCCCCCCGUGGGUUCCAGCACCACCGCCGGGUAGGUCCUGCCGUUUUGAUGAGAAUGCCACACAACCGCUGCUGCCUUGCCCGUCUCCCUGUUCGUAUUGCCUGUCUGCCCAGUCACCUGCUGUGCAAACCUGCAUCUGUGUUACGUUGGAUUUCAAAUAAACUGGUGUGGUAAA